AUGGGAGAGGGAGGCGAAUUCCCGCCAAAAAAGGAGGUUCCAGAAGAGUCUGAUAUUCCGACAAAGAAGUCGGCGAGGCAACUCGACUUCACUGGUGGCUCCGGCUCCGAUGCGGAGCACUCACAGUCUAAUAAAGCUCCGCCUGCGUCCAUCUCCUCAACGGCAGCGACUGUGGUGAAUCCGAUUCCACCGUCACAAUCUCAUCCCCAAAUCAGACUCCCGAAGCUCGAGCCAAGGCCUGUGGUGGAAGCUAGAGAUGGAACUCCUCAGAAGAAAAAACACUGUAACUGUAAACACUCACGGUGCUUGAAGCUGUACUGUGAAUGCUUUGCAUCCGGCGCCUACUGUGAUGGUUGCAACUGUGUGAAUUGUUUCAACAACGUUGACAACGAACCGGCGAGACGAGAGGCGGUUGAAUCAACUCUGGAACGGAAUCCAAAUGCUUUCAGGCCUAAGAUCGCUAGCACUCCACAAGGCGCACGAGAUAACAGUGAGGAGGUUGUGAUGUUAGGGAAACACCACAAAGGCUGCCACUGCAAGAAAUCGGGAUGCCUUAAGAAGUAUUGUGAGUGCUUUCAGGCAAACAUUCUUUGCUCAGACAACUGCAAAUGCUUGGGUUGCAAAAACUUUGAAGGAAGUGAAGACAGAAAAGCUCUCUUUCACGGUGAGCAUUCCCACGGCGUGGCUUAUCUCCAACACGCAAAUGCUGCCAUAACUGGAGCUGUAGGUUCCUCUGGCUUUGCAUCUUCUCCAGCUCCUAAGAGAAAGAAAGCUCAGGACAUUUUCUUCACACAAGCAGCCAAAGAUUCAUCUACUCAUACGCUUGGCCAGGCAAAUAGUGGAAGAGCGACAUCUUCGAAACCUGUUCCUCGUCGCGGAGGAGGCCCAUCCAAAGUUACAUAUAGGUCUCUCUUGGCAGACAUAGUUCAACCACAAGAUGUGAAAGCACUUUGUUCUGUUCUGGUUUCUGUAGCUGGGGAAGCAGCCAAGACAUCAUCAACAGAAGAACGGUUGCAAGAUGAGACGGAAACUUGCUUAGCUUCUUCUGCGGAAGAACAAGGACAAGGCAAUGAUAAAUGUAGCGACGUAGAGAAAGCUACGAGCGGAAAUGAAGCUGAUAAAUCUGGUCCAGAGGAAUCCAAAUCAUAUGGCUCAGAAAGCAGAGACCUGUCUCCAGAAACUUUAGCAUUGAUGUGUGAUGAACAGGACACUAUGUUAAUGGUUGCAGCUUCAUCUAAUUGUUUGGUGGAGACCACCUCGAAGAUGCCAAACGGGCAAGACCAGGUUUAUGCAGAGCAGGAGAGAGUAGUAUUAACCAAGUUCCGUGACUGCCUUAACCGAAUAAUCUCAUACGGAGAAUUAAAAGAAUCACAAUGUUCUUUGUCAAGGAUGGAUCUAGACUCACCUGUACAAGCAGCUGUGAAAAUCGAGCCAGUGUUUCAACAAGGAGCAGUCGCAAAUGGAGUUUCACAAACCACAAAACAACAAACAGACUCAGUUUCAUCAAGCUCAAGCUUUUUGUCUGAGAAGAAAGACCUAUGA